AUGCACCGAAAUAUGCCCGUCGAUUUGGUGCUGGUCCGCCACGGCCAGUCGGAGGGCAACCUGGCACAGCGGCUGUGCAGGCAGCUGCAGCAGCAGCAGCAGCAGCAGCAGCAGCAGCUGCUGCUGCUGCAGCAGCAGCAGCAGGGGUGUGAGCCUUCGGGGGCACCUGCGAGCGGGUCUGCGGGGGGCGCGGACGCGCCGCCGGACGCAGGAGCGGGAACAACAACAACAGCAGCAGCAGCAGCAGCAGCAGCAGCAGCAGUUUGGUCUGGAGAAUUCAGAUCUCGCCACAAUUCUCUCUAUAGACUCACUGACAGGGGAAGAAGACAAGCAGCAAUUGCUGGCGCUUGGAUCCGCAGCAACGUGGGCAGCGUCUUCGACAAAUACUACACUUCGGAGUAUGUGCGGGCGAUGGAGACCGCGGCGAUGUUGAGUUUGCCUUCUGCGCGUUGGGUCACGGAAAUGUAUUUGAGAGAAAGAGACAGAGGAGUUUUGGCAAACAAAACGCAUGCAGAAAGAGAGACUUUGCAUGCAGAAGAGUUGGCAAGAAAACAAAGAGACGCAUUCUACUGGCAGCCUUCUGGGGGAGAGUCGAUUGCGAAUUUGUGUUUGCGAGUGGACAAGGUGAUGGACAACUUGGCAGAGUCGUGCGCAGGUUUGCGGGUGUUGAUAGUGUGCCACGGGGGCGUGAUAAAGUCCUUCAGGGCUUUGAUAGAAAAAGUGCGUCCUGCAGACGCGCGGCGCGAAACAGCAGCAGCAGCAGCAGCAGCAGCAGCCGCCGCCGCUGCUGCGGACCCCAGCAGCAGCAGCAGCAACAGCAGCAGCGGGGGUUCAACGUCAGCGACGCCCUCUACGCCCGGCUCCUCCUCCUCCGCUGCUGCAGCAGCAGCAGCAGCAGCAGCAGCAGCGCAGCAGCAGCUGGCGUUCAGCAAAAUCCACAACUGCCAAAUAGUUUGGUAUACUCGCAGAGACCCUUUGACAGGAAACAUCAGCAGCAAAUUCAGCUUCGUAAAAACAGCAACGCGUGGCAGCCCAUUGUCCGCAGGGCCCACUCAAACCACGACCUCCUCCACGCCGUAA